CAGGCUCCUGAAGCUGGCAGGGGGCAUGAAAGGAGGUGCCAAGGAGGAAGAUUAAGGUACUAUCAGAGUUAAGGGCAGAGCCUAGGGUAGCCCAGAUGUUCCCGGAAGGAAGUGCAAGCACAGGAGAGCGGUGACAGUGUGUGCACAGGGUGUGUGCCCAUGGGCCUCGUAGACGUGGCAGCUCCGGGUAGGGGCUGAGUUAGGGCGGCCAGCCCUCCUUUACCCAGCUGGCUGCCAGUCCCAAGGGAGCCCUGUGCCAGCCCGGACAAUGCACCAGGCUGGCCACUACUCCUGGCCUUCUCCAGCUGUGAACAGUUCAUCAGAUCAGGAGCCCCAGAGGCAGCUUCCGGAGGUGCUAAGUGGCACCUGGGAACAACCUCGAGGUGACGGGCUGCCUGUGGUCACCGUCAUCGUCGCUGUCUUUGUUCUGCUGGCAGUCUGCAUCAUAGUGGCAGUCCACUUUGGGCCAAGUUUGCACCAGGGCCAUGCCACUCUCCCUACAGAGCCACCGACCCCAAAGCCAGAUGGUGGCAUCUACCUCAUCCACUGGCAGGCGCUGGGCCCCCAAGACAGUCCUGAAGAAGCACCAUGGGGCCCUCUUGUUCCUGGCUCCUGCCCUGCACCAGAUGGACCCAGGCCCAGCAUCGAUGAAGUCACUUAUCUGUAGGAGGGAGACUUUGGAAAGUUAGUCUGACCCAGCUCAGAACAAGAAACCGGGCAGAGAACUAGGGCAAAAGCAAAUUGGAGCCUGGGCAUCAGAGCGUCGGAAGGGCACACUGGACUCAGCUGGAGCUACUCUCUCAGAACAUUUAUAGAGAAAGCCCUGUGGUGGGCAGGAGAAUCAAAGCUUGAGGGCCCUGCCCAGAAACAUGCUGCGGGGGCCCUUCCGGGGCCCAGGGCCACCUCACAAAGUCCCUCCCUCUUCUUCAGGGACCACCAGACCCCUGAAUCUCCUUUUCUGAGUCUCUGCCCCUUCAUUGCACCCUUAAUCUCCUUCUUUUGUAAUGUGAAUUCAACUCGGGAGAUUCCACCACCUCCCCCAAGCAGGAAUGUCAGAGGCCCUGUGGAGUGGCCCUCAUCCUACAAAGGCCAGCCAAGGAGAGCUCAGGUGGAGAAACUGGGAUCUGCCUUCCCUGAGACUCACUGGGCUUAGGGAAGUGACGAACGUCUGUUCUCCUUGGGGCAGUCAGUCAGGGACAGUCCUUCCGCUGUUAGGGCCCAGACCUUGUUGACAAGCUCCAAAGUCCUUGUAAGCCCAAGCACAAUUUAUAGUUCAAAGAUUGGCUUUCAAAGGCCCCCACUGACUCUGUCUUGCCUCCCCAGAAGGGAUAGGGGGAAUUUGGGAGCCUCUCAUUGCCUCCCACUUUCUGUGUGCCUGGGCCUGUUGGAAUAAGCCUAGAAUGUACCACAGGACAUUUCCCAGAUCUUUCCGGCUGAUGAGAAAACAGGAAAGGAAAAGGAGCUCCAUGGAACUUGUUUGGGGAAGGAAGGAGUGGGGUGGGGACCACUCUCAGCUGUGGGAGGGCCUGGAUCUAGUCAGCAGGGGGGUCAGGAUGAUGCAUUCAGAAGCCAGGAAGACAAAACUGGGCCUCCUGGUGGCUCAGUGCCUGCUGGUGGCACUGCCUUCCCCAGCACCUCUGCAUCUUACUCAUCUGCAGUCAGACAUUUAUGGCAGGACCUCUGGUGCUCUACCCUGGGGAACUCCUGGGGAAAAGGAGUCCCCUGGGGGCAUUGGCAAGACCCCAGCACAGUCAGGGAGGCUGGAAAAUAACAGAAGAUAAAAAGGAACAGAGGUGGGGAUUGCAGUGUGUGCAGAGGGCAGGCUUGCCUCCUUUGGGAUUGGGGAGAGGCAGCUAAAGUGUUAAUAGUUGCCCCUUGUUGUGGGUCUAUGUGCUGGACACCAGGCUUCUCUGUGGACCUACAGAUAUAAUACCAUUCACUCCUCACAACAACCUGCAGGGGAGGGGCCACUGCUAUCCCCGUUUUACACUUGGGGAAACUGAGGGUUAUCAAGAUACCUAGGUAGACACAGGUCCUAAGUGGUGGGGUCAGGAUUUGAAGCUGGGGCCAUCAGACUCCACAGCCUAAGCCCCAUGAUAGGUACUGGAUGGAUUGGAAAGGCCUUUGAUUCUGGGCUGGUUUCUAGUAUACAAGCCACUGGCGUGAUGAUGGAGGAUCUUCCGGCCUUGAGGACAGGGUGGGAUACUUAGGGAGAGUGGGGACUGUUCCCCCUUGACUCCCUUGGCUCUGCCGUCCUUAGGGGCAGCCAGUUCCUUCUGACCCAUGUGUGUCUGUGUGGAGCAUUUCUCUACAGUGAUGCUGUACUCAGAAAUGUGUAUUGAGCCUUUGUGACCAAAAAAAAAAACAGGCCAGGUACGGUGGCUCACACCUGUGAUCCUAGCACUUUGGGAGGCCAAGGUGGGAGGAUCACCCAAGGUCAGGAGUUCAAGACUAGCCUGGCGAAACCUCUUCUCUACUAAAAAUACAAAAUUAGCCGGGCAUGGUGGUGGUGCAUGUCUGUAAUCCCAGCUACUCGAGAGGCUGAGGCAGGAGAAUCGCCUGAACCCGGGAGGCGGAGGUUGCAGUGAGCCGAGAUGGUGCCGUUGUACUCCAGACUGAGUGACAACAGC